UAGUAGUAGUAGUAGUAGUAGUAGUAGUAGUAGAUAUUCCCGGAAGUGGCGCAAUAUUAAUCGCUGGCUGGAGAUCAUUUUUCUCUAUACUGAACACGCCGAUGUAUAAAAGAAGAAGACGAAGAUGACAGCCCCCCCUCCCCUCCAAGCUAGACAGACUUGUGAAGUUGCUAGUGCGGUGCGCUGAAAUAACAGUGUCACUUAAGUUGUACGUGUUUGUAGUUCAUUCGCGUUAAACGAAAAGGGUGUAAGACAGUGAGAAAGUCCAAGAUCUUCGGAUAUUUUGAAAACGAGUGCACGACAUCCUGGUGAGUUCCUCUUUGGGUUCAUCGGUCCAUGUUGGUUGGAGCUCUUUGCUCAACUAGCAGGAAGAUGACUGACUCAGAGACUAACCCAGAGAAGGAACAAGCGUUUGAGGAUGAUGAGAGCCUUCCCGAUACAUCUGUUGAUACAGCGUUGGCUACUACCAGUUCACUACCAGGAAGAAGAGAGGUAGACAGCCCCUCACAAAUAAAGGGUGAGCCAGGCCUUUCUGAUAUGCCUUACCUGAUGGAGGAGCACCACAGAGACUACCCAGAGUCUCAGCAUGCCAUGACAGGGAGUGACAGACUUUUUUCUUUCCAUAAUUCCCGGCAUUACACGUAUUAUGACAUUUUCUCCCCCUCCUCCAGUGGCCACUGGGGUGACUCAGAAUCAUUCACAUCAGGAGAAGAAGGGAGUCUCUCUCGUGGAGGAGGAGUAGAUGAAGAAGGCAAUAUAGUGGCAGCCAGUGACCCUCAGCAGGUAGAAGGAGGGCAAACAUCCCAAGCAGUUACGGGUAGGAGGAGGUCUCGCUCGGAGAGCGAAAUGCCUGUUGAUACGAUGGCUUCAAAGAGAAUUCGUUCCCAGUGUACCACAUCAACAGUAGGCGGGGCAGAAAAGCAGACCAAAGUGAAAAUUCAACAGAGCCAGAAGCACAAGGAGCGUAUGCGUCUGCUGAGACAGAAACGGGAAGCAGCAGUACUAAAGAAGCACAUGCAUGACAGCAGUACAAGUGAGAGCGAGCGUGCCCGUAACUCCAGCAUCAGCUCCACUGAUGAUGAGGUCGAUGAGUACGAAGGUUUACGAGAAGCUGCAGUCAGCACAGACAUCUCAGGCGUAAUUAUUGUCUCUUCAGAUGACAUGGAAACGGAGGGACUGUCCCAAAAUACAAGAUGUUCCCUUCCUGGUGGAGCGGUGAUUAACAGUCCGUGCCCCUGGGAGCCAACUUCAGCGGAGCAGUUUGACAGCACAAUGCUACCUCAGAUCUGGUAUGAGGUCUGGAGGCCCAUGUCACCUGAGCCCACCCGGGUGACCCCUAUCGAGGUGGUGGACCUCACACUGGACGACGAUGACUAGGAAAAAGUUUUACCCUGAAUGAAUAACUUGCACCUGAACACUCCCUUCUAAUUUGUCCAGUCGUUUCUAUCAAAGCCAUUCUGGAGUGAUUCCCUAAGUUUUUUUGUUUUUUGUUUUGUGGUUGUUUUUUUUUUGUUGUUUUUUUUUGGCAAAUGAGAAUUAAAGAAUGGCUCUUAGUCGCUACAUGGUGGCGAAGCACUUCAAGUGCAGAUGACUUUAGACUCUAAUGAAAGCAAUAUUUUCCAUUCGUUUAUACCUCAUUUACCCACAGAAUGCAGCCACUGUGUGGUCUAUGGUGGCAAUUUGUACAGGUAGUCUCCCGGGCUACGAAUGAAUUCCGUUUUUGAGUCUGUAAGUCGCAUUUGUAAGUUGGAACAAUUAUGUACAGUUCACAUCUAGUGUCAAUUAGUUAGAUGUUUGUCUUAGUAUGUAAUUAUAAUUAUACUGUACUGUAGUUAGAUUUAUUAUUACUGCAUUAUUAUAUUU